AUGGGGGUGUUACUGUCCGGAUAUACUUACAAUAAAGAAUAUGUACCAUCCGCUAAAAAUAACGCGGAUGCUCUGUCGCGGCUACCACUCUGUUAUAGUGAAGUUAGUCCGGUGAACGAAAUUACCUAUUUGAAUUUUGUAGAAAAUUUCUUACCCGUAACUCAUAACGACGUUAGGAAGGCGACGGCCGCUGACACUAUAUCGAGUCGACUUCUAAUAUAUACUCAAGCAGGGUGGCCAAACCAAUGUACGGAUGAAACAUUAAAGUCGUACUUUGUAAGACGUAAUGAAAUUUAUUGUGAAAACAACUGUCUAAUGUGGGGAUAUAGAAUAAUAAUUCCUAUGUCGCUGUGGCCACAAAUACUUCAACAAUUACAGAGUAGUCACAUGGGCAUUGUAAAAACUAAAUCAUGGGCACGUAGUUAUGUAUGGUGGCCAAAUAUUGAUGCUGACAUUGAGCAGUUGUGUCGUAGUUGUUCAACAUGUGCCCUCGAGAUGCCAAUGCCCCAGAGGGCGCCACCACAAUCGUGGCCAUACAUACCCCAGCCGUGGUCACGAUUACAUAUAGAUUUUUUAGGACCAUUGCAUGGACUAACGUAUUUUGUUGUGAUAGAUUCGACAUCUAAAUGGCUAGAAGUCUUUCAAAUGACACGCACAACAGCCGGAGCGGUAGUAAAAACACUAAGAGAAUUGUUUGCUAGGUUUGGGUUACCCGUAGAAAUUGUGUCUGAUCAGGGACCACCAUUUACCAGUAGUGAGUUCAAAAACUUCCUUGCAACUAAUGGUAUAUUUCAAAGAUAUUCACCGGCAUAUCACCCUGCCUCUAACGGGGCCGCAGAGAAUUCUGUUAAAUUAUGUAAAAACGUUAUUAGAAAGGCAACUUCAGGGGUGACACCGGCCCAAAUUUUGCAAAGACGUUCAUUACGUUCUAGGUUAGAUUUAUUAAGAUGCGAGAGAGCGGUAACCGAUUCUGUUAGGGUGCAACAACGUCAUCAAACCGAUUAUGCAGGAGAGGAGAACACUAAAGAGAGCAACAACAGCAAUUCUGCCACUAAUAUAGAGGUAGCAGACAGUACAGAAAUAGUGCUAAAUGACAAAGGAGGUGGAAUAGACAGUAGUGAGCAUGGGGUGGCGCAGCAGCCGAAAGAAAUUGAAGGUUCACCCUUGAAUUCCAGGCAUUUACCAAAUCCACUACUUCCGCCACUAGUACAGCGACCCAAAAGAGUGCGCAAACCAGUUCAAAGAUUUAAUUUCGAUCCAGAAUAA